GGAAAUAUAGAAGUAGCUGAAAGACAAAUUGUUGACUUUAUAAUUCAUCAGCUAGAAAAACCAGGAAAUUAAGAAGCAGCAAUGGCGGCAACAAGAUGGGGACCACCAUCUCUCCUCCCCAAACCUUGGUUAUUCUCCUACUUCUUCUUCUUCUCUCAGAACCGUACUUCCAGAUCAACGGCCACGAUUUCGAGAUAGAAGAGGCGACAAUCGAGGACGUACAGCGUGCAUUCUGCGAUAACAAGCUCACUUCUCGCGAGCUCGUUGACUACUACCUGGACCGCAUCGAGAGCCUCAAUCCGGUGCUACGCAGCGUAAUUGAAAUCAAUCCCGACGCCGUGGCCGAAGCGGAGAGGGCUGAUUCCGAGCGGCGGGCGGCGGACAAUGUCAGCCGUUCAUCUCUACACGGUAUUCCGGUGCUCCUCAAGGACAGUAUUGCUACCAAGGACAAACUCAAUACCACGGCUGGAUCGUACGCGCUGCUUGGCGCGUCAGUCCCACGCGACGCCGGAGUGGUGGAGCGGCUGAGGAAUGCCGGAGCCGUGAUUUUGGGGAAGGCGAGUAUGAGCGAGUGGUACCACUUCCGGUCGCCGGGUAUUCCCAAUGGUUGGUGCGCCAGAUCUGGCCAGGGUUUGAAUCCAUACGUGAAAAGUGGAGAUCCAUGUGGUUCGAGUAGUGGAUCAGCAAUCUCAGUAGCAGCAAACAUGGCAAUGGUGUCUAUAGGAACCGAGACAGACGGGUCACUCAUCUGCCCGGGUGAUCAUAACUCAGUUGUAGCACUCAAGCCCACUGUAGGCCUCACUAGCAGGGCUGGUGUUAUCCCACUUUCACCUCGCCAGGACACAGUCGGGCCUAUAUGCAGAACAGUUUCCGAAGCAGCUCAUGUUUUGGAUACAAUUGUGGGAUACGAUCCAAGAGACUCUGCAGCAACAAUGGCAGCUGCUAAGUAUAUCCCUUCGGGUGGCUAUGCUCAGUUUCUCAACAAAAACGGGCUCGAGGGAAAGAGAUUAGGUGUUGUCAGAAAUCCAUUCUUUACCGUGUCUUCAAGAACUCCGGUUUUUGAGGCCCAUCUUCGAACAUUGAGGGAGAAAGGGGCAACUAUUCUCGAUAAUUUAGAGAUAGGGAACAUUGAUACCGUUUUGAAUCCUGUACUAUGUGGGGAGGCGAUGGUUUUGAUGGCAGAGUUUAAGGUGUCGCUAAACGAAUAUUUGAAAGAACUAAUUACUUCUCCCGUGAGGUCGUUAUCCGACGUUAUAAUCUUCAACCAGAACAAUCCUGUUUUGGAAAGAAGUGAGGAAUUAGGACAGGACAUUCUUAUUGCUGCAAAUUCGACAAACGGGAUUGGAGAGGAAGAGAAACAGGCUAUAGAUACGAUGGAGAAGCUUUCACGAGAAGGGUUCGAGAAGUUAAUGCUGGAUAACGAACUGGAUGCAAUGGUGACUUUGGGUUCCGACGCAGCCACUGUGGCAGCGAUCGGAGGUUUUCCGGCGAUCACUGUGCCAGCUGGCUACGACGACUCCGACGGGAUGCCGUUUGGGAUGUUUUUCGGUGGUCUGAAAGGGACAGAACCUAAAUUGAUCGAGAUUGCUUACGCGUUCGAACAAGCUACAAUGAUUCGAAAGCCCCCUUCUUUCAAAUCGCUUGGUUUAAGCUGUAGUAUGUAAUUCAUUUGUGUUCAUUCCUGUAGUUUCAAGAUUUCGGAUUAAACUAAAUUUUUAAUUG